AUGGAACGAGAGCUAAACUGGGAGGAGGAGGAGGAGGAGGAGCAGGGGGGCCUGGGGGAGUGGGGCUCCGUGGACAGCUGCGUCCAGGCUACCCUGGCGGCCCUGUACCCGCCGUGGGAGGCCUCGGCGGCCGUACUGCUGGGCCAGGUGCUGGCUGUGGUGGAGCGGGCCUACGCAGGAGACGGGCUGCGCUAUUUGCUGGACUUCCUGGUGCCUGGUGGGCGCGUCCUACAGUUCAUCCAGCAGCACGCUUGUGGUCAGUACCAGGGCCGGCUCUUUGCACAUGCCGGCUGGCCACUGUGCCUUGGAGAGCAGGUGGUGGUGCAGCUGGCCUCAUUGGACUGGCGUCUGCUGCGCCCAGGUGAUUUCUACCUGCAGUUGGUUCCCUUUCUGCGUCGCCGACCUCGCCUCGUGCUCACUUGCUUGGCACCCAGUGGGCACGGGGCCCGUCAGUUGCCGUUGCCCGAGGCUACGUACUCUGCUGUCUUCACAGGUCCUUGGCUGGGUUCACUCAACGCAGGGCGGGCACCAGGGGCAGGGGCCCUGCACUCUUGCCUGCUGGCAGUACCUGAUGGGCAGGUGCUACGGGUGCCCUGGGAAGAGGUGCUGAAGCCCUGCUUCUUGGAUGAGCCAGGGAGGCACCUGGUAGAGACACCCAGAAUCUCCCCUGGCACUGCUGUAGGUGCAGUCAUGUCCCUUCCUGCCCCCAGUUCCUCCAGCCCCCAGUCUCUCCCAGACGCAGACAGGGACUCUGCCUCAGGGACUCUGAAAAGCCCCACCCAACCCCUUCCCAGUUCUGGCCCUGGUCUGGGGAGCCAAGGAGGCUCUAAGGAAUCCAUCCAGCAAGGGGGACCCCUGAUAUCCACUACCACUGAGACCCCAAUGGUAGACAGCAGAGCUGAAAUGUCACGGCCUCUGGGAAAGGAGGAUGGGCGGGACCCCGAGGGCAGCCGGGAUGCCGAUGCUCCUAGAGCGGGGCCUCUAGGCACUUGUGGCCAUGCUGUGGACCAGAGGUUUGCCCUGUGCAGCCUCAGUGAUACUGAGGAGAGCCCCAAGGGCAGUCUGCCACCCUCCAGAGCCGCCGCCAUCGCCCCCACCCACACUAUCCCUCCCCGAAGCCUUGAAGCCUCUGCCCAUGAGGCCUGUGGCCCAGCAGGUCCAGCAGAAGCCCAUUCCGGAGCACCCCAAGGGACCGGGCAGCAGGAACUGUUGUACAUAAACCCCUCCAACCCACCCUCUGGGCAGAGAGACCGCCUCGACCCCAGAGACCCCAACAGAUUGUCAGGAUCCGGAAGAGUAGCAGAGUUCGGAGAAUUGGAGAAGCCGAGCCAGCCUACCCUGGUGAUGGCACUGCCCUCAGAUGGGACGGGUGACUCGUCAGGUGAGGGGGCCUUGGGUAGCACAGAUCAGCUAGGACGGGCCCUGCCAGCUGUCUCACAACACACCGAUCCCCAACUGGUCGAACCAAGUAGGCCCCUGGCCCAGAACAGAGAGGAGGACAGGGAGGGGGCCGGACUCUGCCAGCCUGUGGGACCCCCAUCAUGGAGAGACUCCAACAGUCCUGGGCGCAAGCAGCAGAGAGGACAGGACAACGUGGGUGUGAACCCUGGUAGUGCAGCCCGGGAGUCGGAGAGCCCAGACAUGUGUCCCCUGAUCCCAUCUGGAGCCGGAAGCUGCUCCACCCAACUUCCCAGGAACUUUGAUGAUCCAGAGCAGAAGGCAGUGUGUGAAACACCCACUUUCCCAGGAGCCUGCCCAAGCGGGCCGAGUGAGCAGGCAGAGUUUCCAACCCUUGACAGCUCCUCCUCAACCGUGCCCAUCAUGGCCCGGGACCUGCCUGCCGACCUGCUGGCCAGCAGAGUUGCCACUCUGCCAGGGACCCGGGACAAGAGUGGCCGUGCCGUGGUGCUCAUCUCUGGGCACAGCCCUGCCUGGAGCAGCCCUCACUGCAGUGCCCAUCAACUGGCCCGCCUGCUCCUCUACCUGUAUAGCAUCCCCAGGCCAGAGGUGCAGGAGCUGGGGCUGACUGUGCUGAUGGAUUUCCGCCGCUGCUGCCCACCUGGCUCCACCUUCUUUUCUGCGCUUGGGCUCCUUCAGGAGAUGAAAGCUGGCUGUGUGCACAAGGUGCUGCUUCUGGGCGUGAUGCAGGGGGACAAGCCCCGUGGCCUGCAGCUGGAGGUGGUCCCAUCCUGCCGGGCCCUGCUCCACUUCAUCCCUGGCCCCCAGCUGCCCUUAGAGCUGGAUGGGUCCCUCCCCUAUGACCACGAUGCCUGGCUUCACUUCCGCACGUGCUUGGAGAGCCUGCUGCAGAGCUGCCAGGAUGUCUGUGCUCUCCUCCAAAGUACCAUCAAGGCUGUGGCCGCUGCACCGGAACCGGAGGGGCCGGGGGCAACGGGCCAGCCGCCGUUGGGUCCCCAGGCGCUGAUACAGAGGGUGCUGGAAGAUCCUCGGCUUGGGCAGCUGCAGAAGGAGGGUGGUGCCACAUUGGCCCGACUGAAAUGGGGGCAUCCCGCUCUAACCCAGAGCCCAGACUACAGGUCAGCGGUGGACAUGGCUACCCAGCUGUAUGGCCAGGUGGACGUGCUGCUGCACCAACUAGUUACACUCUGCAAUCGACGCCUGCGGGCACUGGAGCUGGCACAGAAGCUGGGAGAGCAGGCGGGCGCGUUGGCUGAGGUGAGCUCCUGGAUAGAGCAGGUGGGCCGGCCGUGGCUGGACAAGCUGCCCAGGGAUGAGGAGAUGCUGCUGAAAGCCCAGGACACCUUCUGGGAGCUGGACCGGGCUGCUCAGAAACACUGUGGCCCAGCUGAGGCAGCCCUGGCCCAACUGUCUAAGUGGGAAACAAGCGAGCUCGGUGAGUUGGGGGUCCCUGGAGCCCAUCUCCUCUCUCUGCGGGCACAGCAGAGUGACUUUAUGGGGGCCUUGAAUCAGCAAAGGCAGCGACUAGGAGACGCAGUGCGGUUCUUCCACCUCCUGGACCAGGCACUGGCAUGGGCACAGGAGGGCCAGAGGGUCCUUGCCGGGCUCAGCGGGGAGGAUCCUGGAUCUACAUCGGAGCUGUUAGCUGGACAGGGUGCCCAGCGCCCCACCCCUGGCCCGGCUCACUUCCACGAGAUGGAAGCACUGGCCGGCCAGCUGGGUUCUGGGCGUGCCCUCCAGCAAUGCCAUGUUGCCUGGACAAAGUGCCAGGACACCCAGGUGGCGGUGGAGGCAGCACUCAUAGCCCAGCAGGUCCUGCCCAAGAGUGACAGGCUCCAUGGGGAUCCCCACAGUGGUGGUGGCAGCAGCAGCAGCAGCAGCAACAGCUCUAUGGGCUCCAUUUCCUGCCUCCUGGGGGGGGAGGGCAAGGAGAGCCAGUUCACCGGCUCAGCUGGGGUUCCAUGGUGCCCAGGGAAAUUGCCCUUAAAGAAGACACAGAGCUUCGAGCUGGCACUGAGGGAGAAGCCCCAGGGCAGAUGUCAUCGGACUUUGAGUGAGCCCGUCCAUCAUGGCAACGUGGGGGUCACCAUCCGGGGGUUGGAGGUCAGCACCACCCGGCUGGCUCGUCCACCCCACUCUGAGCCUCCUGACACCCACAGGGCGCUGCCCGGGGGCACCACUUCCAAGGCCAAGAACCCUGGCAGGCUUCAGCUGAUUAUGGAGGAGAUGGUGGCAACGGAACGGGAGUACGUGUCAGCCCUGGAGUACACGGUGAGGAACUACGUGCCUGAACUGGAGCGGCCAGACCUGCCCCAGCCACUGCGGGGCCAGCGUGCCCGCCUCUUUGGCAAUCUGGAGAAACUGAGCGAUUUCCACCGCAACUUCUUCCUGCGGGAGCUGGAGAGCUGCGCUCAGCAUCCCCUGCGAGUCGCCAAUGCCUUCCUGCGUCACCGGGAGCAGUUUGGGAUGUAUGCGCUGUACACUAAGAACAAACCCAAGUCAGAUGUGCUGAUGGCCAGUCAUGGCAAUGCCUUCUUCAAGAAAAAGCAGCAACAGCUCGGGGACCGCUUGGACUUGGCCUCUUACCUGUUGAAGCCAAUUCAACGCAUGAGCAAGUAUGCGCUGCUGUUGCGAGAGCUGGCCCGGGCCUGCGGAGAGGGACGAGAGCAGGGGCUGGAGCCCGAGGCAGGGGCAGGGCCUAAGUCCGUCUGGGGAUGCAAGGAUAAACUGGCCACUCUGCAGGCUGCCCACGACCUCGUCCGAUUCCAGUUACGUCAUGGCAAUGACCUACUGGCUAUGGAUGCCAUCAGUGGCUGUGACGUGAACCUGAAAGAGCAGGGGCAGCUGCUGCGCCAGGAUGAGUUCACCAUCUGGGGGGGCCGCCGGAAGUGCCGACGUCGGGUCUUCCUCUUUGAGGAGCUCGUGCUCUUUAGCAAACCACGCCGCGCCCCAGCGGGCACUGAAGCCUUUGCCUACAAGCGUUCUUUCAAGACGGCCGACAUUGGUCUGACGGAGAGUGCGGGGGACAGCGGCCUGCGCUUCGAAAUCUGGUUCCGCCGCCGCAAAGCCAGCGACACAUUUGUGCUGCAGGCAGCCAGUGCCGACAUCAAGCAGGCCUGGACCAUGGACAUCUCCAGUCUCCUCUGGAGGCAGGCCGUCCGCAACAAAGAGCUGCGAAUGGCCGAGAUGAUGUCCAUGGGCGUGGGAAACAAGCCCUUCCUGGACAUCACACCCAGCGAGGCGGCCAUCAAUGACCGGUCCGUAGACUACAUCAUGAAGGGCCGAGGUCCACGGACAAGGGCAUCCAUUGCGGUGUCCCUGUUUGAUCACUCCAGCCCUUACCCUGGAGCCCCAUCCUCUCUGCCCACCAGUCCAUCCUCCUGCUCCCUCCUGGGGCCCCUUAACCUCCAUCUGAGCGGAGACCCUGCCCUCCUGGCACUCGGGCGUCCCCUCUGCUCCACUGCCUGCCUGGAGGAGGAUGAGACGGAGCCUGCGACAGAGAUUGGCGGUCAACCCUCCCUGACUCUUGAGGGCUUUGAGAUUUCAUCCCAGUCCCCAUCAGCCAGUGGUUCCACUGGCUCUGACAGCAGCUGUGUGCCUGGCCUGCCCUUGGGCAGCAGCUGUGAGGAGCAGCUGACCUCCCAGCCGGAGAGCAGAUCUUCCUGCAGCCACAGCCAGUACAUCUCUGCGGUGUGAACUUGGCCUCUGCUGGCUUAAAUAGGAAUCCUGGGUCCUGGCUGCCGGUGGCCUUGCAGAAAGGAGCCCCCUCCCAAGAUCUGCUCUGCUGUGGGGGCAGGGUGUCCCAGCCUAGGAAAGGUGCCCACUCCCCUCUGAUUUCCCUGCCCUACGGCAAAAUGUUUCUCCACUGCUUGUUUCGCUGUUGCUCUUGUUUGUCCUGUUUUGAUGUCCUGUUUUUGAUGUUUUGAGCAGCCAGGUGGCCCCGGAGCUCCAUCCCUGCUGGGGAGGGUCCAUUUCACUGUCCAUCCCUGCUGGGGAGGGUCCAUUUCACUGUCACCGAGUAUGGGGAGGGAAGGGAGAGGGAGAGGACACACUUGUGGGCCCUGCUCUGGGACCGAAGACGUGUGCUGGGGAAGUUGGGGGAAUGAGAGCUCCCCAGGUCAGAGAGCCUGUCCAUCAGCCAAUAGGCAGGCAGAGAAGUCCAGCCCCACCUCUACUUAGAGCAGAAGAGAAGAGUAUUGAGUUUCUAAGUGGGGCAGGGAGCGGCGUACUCCUAGUAGUCACUGGCAGUGGGCAGCUGGCCAGGACCUGGUUGGCUGACAGACCCUUCUCCCUGCUGACCUGAAGUCAGUUCUUGCCCCCCGGGAAGGGAGCCACAGCCUUACCUCUGGAUCCUAGCUUAAGCCCUCACUCUGUGAUGCAGCCCUGCCUCCCAGUCCCACUCCCAAAGACUCCAGUUCCUGCCCUGCCCAGGUUUCUCAGGUGCUCCUGGGGACCCCUUCUCACAGUGUUUCUCUUUUUUUCUGUUGCAUUACCAUUCCAUUUUCUUUGCCUUUUCCUCCCUUAGGGGAGGAAAGGAAGAGAAGGGUGGAGUCUCCGAGGGGGGUUCUGGGUAAGCGGAAGGGCCAGGUUGAGGUUACUCUUCCUUCUGGGUUCCUGGGGGCCUUCUUCCUUGACCUAUCUUGCCCUGAUAGGGCCUGUUUGGGCUAACGAGCCCAGCAAUAAAUGUUUUUUUUUUCUCCUUGGA